CAUGUCGACCACAGAGCUAGUCGGAAAUGCCGAAAUCUACAGCCCUCGCAAGGUCCUUGGCCACCCAGAGUUCAGAGUCCUCAAGCUCGAUGAGAAGCCAGCCCCCGAUGCUAACAUCGCAGCGUUCUACAAUCCCGCCAAUGAGAUCCACCUCGUUCAAAAGCCCCGCCCGAAGCCAGGACCUGGUCAGGUUCUUCUCCACGUCCGUGCAACAGGGAUAUGCGGGAGCGACGUACAUUUCUGGAAGCAUGGCCGAAUUGGAGACUCGAUGGUAGUAACCGAUGAGUGCGGCUCGGGUCACGAAUCCGCUGGAGAGGUCAUCGAAGUAGGAGAGGGUGUAACUCAAUGGAAAAUUGGUGACCGCGUUGCGAUUGAGGCUGGUGUGCCGUGUUCUCAGCCUGCUUGCGACGCCUGCCGAACGGGAAGAUACAAUGCCUGUCCUGAUGUGGUUUUCUUCUCUACGCCACCAUUCCACGGUACUCUCACACGAUUCCACCUGCAUCCUGCCCAGUGGCUUCAUCGUCUUCCUGACUCCGUAUCAUUCGAAGAAGGUUCCCUCUGUGAACCCCUUGCAGUUGCUCUUGCUGGUAUUGAACGAUCUGGUCUCCGGCUCGGUGAUCCUGUCCUCAUCUGUGGCGCGGGCCCUAUUGGCCUUGUUACUCUUCUCUCCGCAAGAGCCGCCGGUGCAGAGCCCAUUGUCAUUACGGACCUCUUCCAAAACCGGCUUGAUUUUGCGAAGCAACUCGUACCCGGCGUUCGCACUCUUCUAAUCUCUCGUAACAGCACUCCCAAGGAAGAGGCUGCAAGAAUCAAGGAAAUAGCCGAAGGUCCUUUGACCGUCGCUUUGGAGUGCUCUGGUGUUGAAAGCAGCAUCCACACUGCGGUUUAGUCGGUGCGAUUUGGCGGCAAAGUGUUCAUCAUCGGUGUUGGAAAGAACGAGCAAGCGUUUCCUUUCAUGCACCUCAGUGCGAAUGAGAUUGACGUGAGCUUCCAAUAUCGAUACGCUAACCAGUAUCCCAAGGCUAUCCGUCUUAUCGCUGGUGGCUUGAUUAACGUGAAACCUCUGGUGACCCAUAGAUUCCCUUUGGAAGACGCAGUUACUGCUUUCCAUGUCGCUGCUGACCCCGCACAAGGCGCGAUAAAAGUUCAAAUUCAAGACUA